AUGUUCCCGGAGUCACCGUUACAGACUCGACUGCACUGGAGUAGGCCGGAGGAAGGUUAUGGCACCAUAGAAUCGUACAGUGUGAAAAUGUGCAGGAUAUUUAGGUCAUGUGACCCAGCUGAAAAGCACACCUGCAGGCGUGACACAAAAGUUCCUCACAGGGAGCCAGCGGCAAAAAUUUCUGGAAAGUUUCUCGCCUACACAGUUAACAUAUGCGCCACGUUCGAGUCUUGUGGGGGAGAAUCUGACGUGAGCAACUGCACCCAGCUGCAGACCUACGAGACAUGGCUCAAUUAUCGCAGCAACGUCGACACCAAGUACUGUGUCAUGGUCGCCACAAGCUCGCAAUGCGGUGAACAUGUUCUGAAUAGUCGCCCAGCGGUAGCAGAAAUACGGACACCUUUGUUUGUUCUACCCGACGUAACCAAUCUCAACGUAGUGGCUGCCGAUAACCACUAUAUCACCAUGGCCUGGGAUCGACCUCGGUUUAGCUUCGACUUCUACUGGCUAGAUGUCACCGGUGGUUAUGAGAAUGAAAAUGUCAGCCUAUCGAUGCGCACGGCGACCGCCUGUGGCAAUGGAACCAUCAUUCACCCUCAGCAGACUCAGAUCACCUGCGGCCCAUUUGAUUCCUGCUCUAGCGUUGAUGUCACCGUUCGCACCUACACUAAGGGACCACCCGAACUCAUGUCCACGGGGGCCACCUUGAGUGACAUAUUCAUCAAUGGUCAAGACCUGCCCGAUGUAACGGACCUCAGGGUACUUUAUGUUGUGGACAGCGCCGUAACCAUUGCGUGGAAGAAACCCGAGGCCCGCUUCGAUUACUACUGGAUAUUCGCUGCCGUAGAAGAAGACGAUCAGCAAAAACUUCCUGAUGUCUCCAACUUGACCGUUGGUGUGAGAAAUGGUUACAUUACGUUAUCCUGGCAGCGGCCACAAAGUCGGUUCGACUACUAUUCUCUUGAAACCUUUGAGAAUGACGUCCGCAGCAAAAACAUUGACAAGCAUAAGCUGGGUCUAUGCGCCAACGGAACCAUCGUUCACCGUGACCAGACGGAAGUCACCUGCGGACCAUUUGAGCCUUGCACCAAGUUGUCCUGCACUGUGCGCACUCACUUGAACGGUCAGUCAGAACGCAUAUCUUCUGGAGUGACAGUGAAGGAUAUCUUCAUACCUGCCGAAGUACCUCUCGCACCGAGGAACAUAUCUAUGGUAGCGGGAUCACCAUCCCAGACCCAGCUGCGCUGGGAGCGUCCCAAUAAAGUGGCUGCCGUCAUAGAGUCUUAUAGCGUCAAGAUAUGCAGAACGUUCACGACAUGUGGCCAAGCGGGAAACUUGGGUGAUUGCAAGGAGUACGAGACAGCACAGACAUCAGUAGCAUUCGACAGCAUUGCGGGUACCCCGUACUGCAUAUUGGUUACGGCAAACACACGCUGUGGAAUCGACAAGAUCAGGAGCCGGCCAGCGGUAGCGGAAUUGCGGACACCAAUCAUCGUUCCUCCAGAUGUGACCAACCUACACAUCGUGAGUGUCGGCACGGAUUCCUUCACUGCUGCAUGGGAAAGACCAAAGGUCAGCUUUGACUACUACUGGAUUGAAGUGACCGGCGCCAACAACAGUAUGACUGGUCUAACACAAGCUCCUCCGCCUGUGACAGACUUGAAACUAGUAGCCAUUGCCCAGAGAUACUUCAAGAUAACAUACAAGACUCCGAAGGAAUGCUACACCGAUUUCAAUCAUUACAUUGCCUACGGAGGUGUUCGUCAGUACCGGUAG